AACAAACAAAAACUUAGUGGGUUUGCGAUAAAGAGAGCGUGUUGGUAGGGUGGGUGGUUGAAGAACUCCGGCCAAGGGUUUUCAAAUUCCGAUUCCUUUCUUAAUCAAUACUACAACUUUUUCUCCCUUCUUUCAUAUUAUUUCCAUUGAAAGUUCAAAUCUUGAUCUGUAACUUUUGCAAUUCUUGAAAGAUUUGUUCCUCUCUUUGGGGGAACUUUUCAUAAUGUCUACACCGGCGAGGAAGGUUUUUUCAGGGUGGACGUUGACACCAAGAAGCGAUCUGGGUAAGAAGACUGUUUCAAAGGGUAAAGAUGUUGUGUUUAUGGGUUCUGAACAAAAGGGUUUGUCAUCAAUUCAAGAUUCUGGUGAUACUGUUGACAAAGUUUUGUUACUUGAUAAGGUGUCAAAUCUUGAAAAUGAGCUUGUUGACUAUCAAUACAAUAUGGGCCUUCUUUUGAUUGAGAAAAAGGAGUGGUCUGGUAAGCUUGAAGAAAUGAAGCAAGCCUUAAAUCAAGCAAAUGAGGCCUAUAAAAGAGAAUGUACAGCUCACUUAAUUGCUCUAUCUGAAGUGGAGAAGCGGGAGGAGAAUUUGAGGAAGGCAUUGGGUGUUGAGAACCAAUGUGUGCGUGAGUUAGAGAAGGAAUUGCGUGAGAUGCGUUCUCAGAAUGCAGAGAGUAAAUAUGUAGCUGAUUCGAGAUUAGACGAGGCAAAGGCAUUGGCUACUAUUGUUGAAGAGAAUUCACUACAAGUAGAAUUGAAAUUGCGUGCAGCUGACGCCAAGAUUGCCGAGGUGAAUAGAAAAAGUUCAGAUGUUGAGAGGAAACUACAUGAUGUUGAGGCUCAAGAAAAUGCACUUAGAAGAGAACGCUCCUCUUUCAAUUCCGAGCGUGAAGCUCAUGAAAGUGCACUGUCUAAACACAGAGAAGAGUUGCAAGAAUGGGAAAGAAAACUAAAGGAAGGAGAAGAGAGGCUAGCUGAUGCCAGAACAUUGCUCAACCAAAGAGAGCAGCGAGCAAAUGAGAAUGACAGCGUUUUGAGGCAGAAGCAGAAUGAUCUUGAAGAUGAGCAGAAGAAAAUUGACAUAGCUAACUCAGUUUUGAGGAAGAAAGAAGUUGAUGUGAGCAGCCGACUAGCUAGCCUUGCUAUUAAGGAGAAGGAACUUGAGGAUGUGCGAAAGAGCCUGGAGAUAAAAAAGGAAGAACUAGAUGAACUACAGGAAAAGCUAAAUGCAAAAGAAAGAGAGGAGAUUCAAAAGCUAAUGGAUGAACACAGAGCUAUCCUGCAAUCUAAGGAAGAGGAGUUUGAAUUGGAAAUGAGGCAGAGACAUACAUCACUAGAUGAGGAACUGAAAAGCAAGAUGAUUGAACUGGAGAAGAAGGAAGCUGAAGUUAAUCAUACUGACGAAAAAAUAAGAAAACGAGAACAGGCACUUGAAAAGAAAAAUGACAAAACUAAAGAGAAGGAGAAGGAUAUUGAAUUGAAGCUGAAAGCAUUUGAGGAAAGGGAGAAGUCUCUGAAGAAUGAUGAGAAAAAAUUGGAAACUGAAAAAAAGCGUAUAUUAACUGAGAAGGAUAGUUUACUGGCUUUAAGGGUUGAACUUGAGAAUGAAAGAGCUGAACUUGAAAAACAACAGCUCAGGAUUAAUGAGGAAAUUGAGCAGCUUAAAAUAACCGAAGAUGAGAAAAUGGAACAUGCUCGCCUUCAAUCAGAACUGAAGCAGGAGAUAGACAAGUGCAGACUUUUACGACACACUCUUCUGAAGGAAGCUGAGGAUUUAAAGCAGGAGAAAGAGAGAUUUGAGAAAGAAUGGGAAGAACUGGAUGAGAAAAGAUCUGAGAUCAAGGAGGAGUUGCGGGAAGUUAAUGAAUUGAAAAAGAAAUUUGAAAAACUGCGGCACGCUGAGAAGGAAAGGUUGAACAAGGAGAAGCUGGAAACAGAAACUUAUGUUCAGAGAGAGUUGGAAGCCCUUAAAGUGGCACAAGAGACAUUUGCAGCUACAAUGGAUCAUGAGAGAUCAUUAUUAGCUGAGAAAACUCAAAGUGAGAAAAUCCAAAUGCGUCAUGAUUUCGAAAGACAAAAAGGAGAACUUGAGAGUGAAAUGCAGUGGAAGCGGGAGGAAAUGGAGUCUGCUCUGCAUGAGCAGGAGAAACUCUUUGUGGAAGAGAGGCAGAGGGAGCUCAGCAAUGUUUACAAUUUAAGGGAAGUUGCUCAUAAGGAAAUGGAAGAGAUGAAAUCAGAAAGUGUUAGGCUAGAGAAAGAAAAACAGGAAAUUUCUGCAAACAAGAUGCAUCUUGCGGAACAACAGUUAGAGAUGAAAAAAGAUAUUGAUGUGCUCGAUGGUUUAAGCAGGAAGUUGAAGGAUCAAAGGGAAGCUUUUGCAAAGGAAAGGGAGAGUUUCAUUGAUUUUGUCAAGAAGCAGGAGAGUUGCAGCUCAUGUGGAGAGGGAAUUCGUAUAUUUGAGCUUUCUGACCUUCAAGUUCUAAAUGAUGUGGAGGAUUUUGAGGCCCCUGCCCUGCGAAGUGUUGCACAGGAAUAUUUAACGGAUAGUCUCCAGGACACACUUGGAAGGGCUAACAACGUGUUGUCCCCUGGUGCUCUUAAUUCAGGAUCUAUGGCUUCUGCCGGAACUAUGUCGUGGCUUCGAAAAUGUACAUCAAAGCUUCUGAAAUUCUCACCAGGUAAGAAAAUUGAGCAUCCUGCAUCUCAAGAUCUUGUUGGUGGAUCUUCUCUGGAAGAGAAAUUUGUUGGUGAGUUGCCUGAUGCGGUGUCAAAGAAAGAUCAACUAGAUCUGGCUGUCUCCCUCAAUGAUACGUUUGAUGACCAGAAACUUCAAAGAGAUAACAGUGUUAGAGAGGUGGAAGCUGGCCAAGAUAUUCCUGAAGACUCUCAGCAUUCUAACAUGAAAUCUGUCAGAAAAGGGCGUGGCAAAAAUAGGAAGACAGGUCCGGCUAAUUCAAAAGCGGCAGGUGAAAAAAUUAUCAUUGGAGAAAUUCUUAAGGAGUCUGAGAAUAUGCAAGUCAAUGGAGGUUUGGAGGCCUCAAUUAAUGUGAAUGAGGAGAGACAAAAAACAUCAAGUCUCUUGGGUGAAGCGCGAAGUAAGACCAGAAAGCGUACACGCGUCCAUGCAUCACGUGGAACUGCAAGUGAAUUUGAUGGAAGUCAUAGUGAUGGACAGUCAGAUAGUGUGACAGCCACCAGUAAGAGGAAGAGGAGACAAAAGGCUGCCCCAGCUGUGCAGAUUCUCGGUGAAAAAAGAUACAAUCUCCGCCGUCACGGAAGUGCUGCUGUAGCAACAGCAAAUGGAUCCUUGCCAGAGGUGGUCUCAAAAUCUCAGGAAGAAAAUGGGGACUCUAAAGCUGUGCCAGAAACUCUUCCUGCAGCAGGCAGUGUUGGAGAUCCUGGAGAACUCAGAAACUCCGAUGCUGCUCUUCCCACUGUAGCCAAUAGCCCUUUGAAAGAUGGUCAGGGAUGCAGUGCUGACAUAGCUAAUGAAUUGAUAGAUGAUUUGGGAUUAAGUGAAGAAGUGAAUGGAACAUCAGAAGGGCCCUCAGCUUACAGUGUCUAUGACGAGGAACACAGACGUGACCCAAUUGUGCGAGAAGAUGGAGAACAGGAUGAUGAUGAGGAUGCCAGAGAUGAAGACAAUGAGGUCAACGAGGGGGAAGAGGUUCGACAUCCUGGUGAAGUCUCAAUAGGGAAGAAGCUUUGGACUUUCAUCACCACAUAGUGGAAGGCUGAAAUGACAGUGCACAUCGGUUGCAUGUCUUGAGGGUAGUUUUCUAGGCAUGUUAACAAGUAUUUCCAUUCAUUUUGCGAGCAGCACUUUCAUGCUUGUAGAGUUUGUGUAGUGGUGUGUGUUUCUGGAAAUGAAGCGAAAACAGAAGUAGGUCGAGUAUGUAGUAGCUUUUUUUAAUGCUUGUGAGUAGGGUGUCAUAUGCUUGCAUAUUGUUUAACAAUCUUAGUGUCCAUAAUCUUGGUAGCACGAUUUAACUAGUGAAAUUGUAACACUAGAAUUCUGUUUACUUUAAAUGUUAUUGAAACAAUGUUACAAUAA